CGAGAUAGAAAAGUGGUGGGGAUGUUACUCCGCGCGAGAAACGGAUCCCGCGGCAGUACGUCGGCGUAGCUCGAGCGGCUCGGAGCUGGUCGGUCCGGGAUUAAAUUCGUCCAUCGGUCCUUGACCCACGACAAGGCUUUUACAUAUCAAUAGCGCUUAUCACAGGAAUCCGUGUUUUUAUAAAAUAAUAGAUUAAUCGAGUUUAACGAGAUUGUUAAGUGUUUUGUACGAAACGAAACGUUAGUGGUGGUGUAACGUUUAUACGAAUUUUUCUCUUUUUUCUUUUUUUUUUCUUUCCUUCCUUUCUUUCCUUAUUUCCAUCUUCUUUCCCAUCUUUCCUUUCACAUCCUAUCCUCUCCUUUCCUUUCUUUCCAUUCUAACGUUCUUUACAACCCUCUCUCUCUCUCUCUCUCUCUCUCGUUUCUGUUAUACUCUCUCAUCUUCGCACCAGUGAGCUUUCAAUCCUUCGAGAGAAAAGCAAGCUCGCGUACAUAACCUCCAUCCGAUGGUUCUCCUUUACUCUUUCACUGUGUUGUUACGACGAACCGAUUUCACAUUGAUUCACGAUGUUCCUUGAAUAUUCAAUAUAUUACGAAAUAUUUUUCCUUUCGUACAUUUUCUAUUCAGUGAAAGAUAUCGAACGUCGAAGUUAAGCCAAGUGUAUUUAAGACGAAGAAGGAAGGUGAGAAAGGAGGAGGAAGAAGAAGAAGAAGAAGAAGAAAAAGAAGAAGAAGAAGAUAGGACCAGCAUCGGAACCACCACCAUUAACACUAUCAUCAUACCAUCACCAUAAUACUUGUUAUCUCAUCUUUAUUGAACACCAUCGUCAUUAUAAUUAUCAACGUCGUCGUCAUCGUCACGCUAAGCGCAAGAAAAGCAUACGUCGUGUGUGUCCACGGCCUAGUGACCUGACCUUGAGUCGGCCCGACCAGGUACAGGAAUUUCAAGAAUGUGAACGACCAAACUUAACGCAAAUGCCCAACAAGGCACGGCCUCGUCGUGAGUGGUCUACCCUGUCCCCCAUAGAUGUCUUGUGGAUGCCCCGCUCCGCCAUGAGGCCGGCCGAGGGCGACACAUCGGAUUGCAUAUUAGUUGUCGGUAUUUCAAGGCCAAAGAUGGCCGCGGCAUUCCUCUCGGUCGCCCUGUUAUCCCUCUUUCUAACAUUCCACGUGCUUUACGAUAGUGCAGUUUACAGUUUGCACGCAGCUUCGGCCGUAGAAGGACGUGCGGUUGAAUUGGUAUCCCAGGUUCGUGCAGCCCCACCACUUUUGUUCUCCAGUAAGGUCCAUUAUCCGCGUACGAGUCGUCACUUACCACAAGCUAUCAUUAUUGGCGUGAGGAAAUGUGGAACGAGGGCGUUGCUAGAGAUGCUUUACCUUCAUCCACAAAUACAAAAGGCAUCCGGCGAAGUACAUUUCUUUGAUCGUGACGAUAAUUACGGGAAGGGACUCGAAUGGUAUCGUAGGAAAAUGCCCUAUUCCUUUAAAGGUCAAAUUACCAUCGAGAAGAGCCCAAGUUAUUUCGUUACGCCCGAGGUACCAGAGAGAAUACGAGCCAUGAACGCCAGCGUAAAGUUAUUAUUGAUCGUGAGAGAACCCGUUACCAGAGCCAUAUCGGAUUACACUCAAUUACGUAUCCACGCUGCUACUGCUUCGACCUUGAUUAGUAACAGCAAUAACAACAACAAUAAUAAUAACAACAACAACAACAACAACAACAUCAAUAACAACAUCAAUAACAACAGCAAUGCCACCUCGUCAUCACGUAGCAACUUUAUAAACAAUCAACUGUCGCAACAAGUUCAGGCAACCCGUACCUUCGAAGAACUGGUGAUACGUCCUGAUGGUACCAUCAACGAAUCCUACAGGCCAGUCGCCAUUUCACUCUAUCACACAUAUAUGCACCGUUGGCUAGAGGUAUUUACAAGAGAACAAAUAUUGAUUGUGAACGGUGAUCAAUUGAUCGAAGAUCCUGUUCCGCAGUUGAGAAGAAUCGAGAACUUUCUAGGUUUAGAGCCGAGAAUAGGUAGGCACAAUUUUUACUUCAAUCACACUAAGGGCUUCUAUUGUCUAAGAAAUGAAACCUCGGAAAAAUGUUUGAGAGAGAGCAAAGGUCGUAGACAUCCCAGAGUCAGUCCGGUUGUUGUCACCAAACUGAGAAGGUUCUUCAACGAACAUAAUCAACGCUUUUAUGAACUCGUUGGCGAGGAUCUCGGCUGGCCCGAGGAAUAGCCAUCGUAGAUAUUUUCGAUUUGACGUUCGUUCUUUGAUUAUUUCUAUAUUCUCUCUCUUUUUCUUUUUCUUCUUUAUUUUUAUUCUCGAGAUUAUAAUAGGUCUGAGACUGAGAAAAAUAAUGAAUAUGAUAAGAUCGUUUUAAUUUUGACGUUCUAAAUGCAUCCGUCUAUAAUCGCGAUAAUCUAAUAAUCCAAAUAUUGCGUAUGUUAUCGCGUUCUUUCUAAGUCGAUUUAUAAAAAUCAAUGAAAGAAAAGUGAAUCCGUCUUGUCGGCACUUUCAAUAUUAAAUCGCAAUCAUGCAAGAGGAAAAACGUCGUCGUAUUUGUCUAUAUGAUAAAAUUAAAGCGUUCAUCGAUCGAUCCGAAAGAUAUCACUUCUCGCUGGCGAGAAUCACGAAGCUGUAGAUAAAAAUAAUUAUGUGUAACGAUAGUUAACGAACGAUCUCGUGUGAUCGAAACGAGACAGUAUGUGCGUGUUAGUUUCGAAAUAAAAAAGAGGAAUCUCCGAUUCAAAGAUGGACGACGUCACGUAACCGUAUUCACGUGACCAAACUAUAAACCAUGUGACUUUUAUUGUCGGGUCCCUCGAACAAGGACAGCGUCCACCAUCUUCGAGAUUUCUUUUUUGUGACCGAUAAUUUAAAAAACAAAACAAAGAGAAAGAAGAAAAAUGAAUGAAAAAAAGAUCGCGUCGAGUUCGUUCGAAAGAAACUAAUCAAACUGACUAAUUAAUUUACAUGGUUAUGUUGUACGAGAAGAUUCCGACAAGAUGGACGACACGUCACGUGACUAAACGUACCAGAUGACUCGGACGCCAUGACAACGUCCAUCUUUGCGUUCAUCCAGGACACAUGACGUGGGAAGGAUCUUUUUUCAUUGAUUCAUUCAAUAAAAAUUAAAAAGAAAAACAAAAAAAAAACAUAAAAGAUACAAGAAAAAAGAUAUAGAGGGAGAGAGAAAGAGAAACGUGAUUUUUAAUCAAGAACGAACGUUGGAUCAGGAUUAAAUACUUCCAUCAUACUUUGACAUUGGUGGUAUCACAAAAAAAAAAAAGAAAUACGGUGCUAAUGUACUUCCUAUGAUGAUCCUUCGAUAUUUUGUUUUUUUCUUGUCAUAUUUUCUUUGUUCUUGUUUACACUUCUCCAACCGAGCGUAUAUAAAUACAAUUUUAUUGAAGGAUUGAAAGUUCGUCACGUUCGUGCUCGAUUCAGAGAUAUCAUAUAAUUUUUCUACUCCCUUUCCCAAACCACUUCAACCUUCUAUCGCUCACUUACCCCUUUCCUCGAAACUUAACACCUAUACUAAUUAAUUCAAUUGAGAAAUCGAAUUAACAUUAAUGCGUUACAUUAUCACGAAAAUUUUGCAAGGGUUGCAACUGGAAAAAAAAAAGAACAAUGUCGGAAAUAAACGUAUCUAUCUUUUGAUAAUCAUGGUUAAACGAAAAUAUAUCGAUAAAUGGCGGACGGAAAAACAAUAUCAACGAAAACGUCCCUAUUACAUAUCGUGAUACGAAACACGAUGUAAAAUAAAAAAAAAAAAAAAUUGGAAUAUAUAUUUUUUAAUUAGACAACGAUGGAGAAUUAAAAUCGUGAGUGGCUCGUUUCACGAGCUUGCUAAAAGCUGUAAAACACGCGCCGUUAAAUCGAGUGCAUGCAAUUUAACUGAUCUGAGGAAGUAGAAAAUGCAGAAAGAGACAGAGACAGAGACAGAGCUAGAGAUAGAGAUAGAGAUAAAGAUAAAGAUGGAGACGAAGACGGAGAUGGAGAAUGCUGGAUAGAUGGCAGCCAUCUUUGUGCUGGCGCCAUUAUUAUCAGCGAAUCUCGACAAAUCCUCUUUUUCUCUAUCUCUCUUUCUCCUUCUCUUUCUCUCUCUCUCUCUCUCUCUCUCUCUUUCUGAUUCUUUGACUCUCUGACUUUCAACAUGAACGAAUAGGAAUAAGAAAGUAAACAAAAUUUUCUCUCAAUCUCGUUAAAUCGUCCUCGAAAAAUCAUUUCAAUUGAGUGCAAUUAAAUUCGGUAAACUCGUAUAUCUUUC